UUAGACUGGUGCUAGUCGGUCAACACGUGGAGAGGAGAGACUGACUUUCCUCAGGACGCGUUUAAAAAACCAACACUCUGACAUUAUACUAGUGUUACUCUCAUCGUGGCGGCGCCAAGGAUCCUAAAAUACCGUGUAGCUGCUAGUUUCCUGAGGAAAUGCCACUGAGGUUUCGCUCUGUUGUGCCAUACACACUACCUGGAGUCCUCGCGUUGAUCGGCUGGUGGUGGUACAUCUCACGGAAGAAAGAGCGGCUCAUCAGCCAUGACAGCACAGAGGGGGAUCCAACCAACGUGGCCCUGAGAUCUUCUCCAUCAGAAGGCAGCAACGGUUUGGUUGAGAAAGGCACUGUAUCUCCUACUGACACCCACAGACCUCCAACGGUCAAUAACCAGAGAACAGAACAGGACAAAUCUCAGAUCCAUGUCCAGGACACUGAAGCAGCACCGGCACUGGACCAAAGUUCUGAAGAAGCAUCCCAUCACCUCGGCAGAAUAAGACAAGAAGAAGUUCAUAAACCUGCAGUCUCAGCUGUACCACUACAUCGUGAGGAAGGAGGCCUUCAGGUGUCCCUGAAAGACCAUGAAGAACUGCAGAAGAGCCCAGCGUCUGUCUUGGCAACAGUGCCUGACAAACUUCUAACGAGAGACUCAAACUCUACUCCAAAAGCCACAGUGGAAGAGGUCAUCUUGUCCUGUCAGUCUACCAAAGUCACCAGCUCCUCCCCCACGGACGCACACCGUUCUGAUGCAGAGAGGCCUGAGCCAGAGGGGGAAGUUGCAAAGCACCACAGUUCUAAUAGUGCACAGGAUGAGAUGGUGGUUUGUGCAGUCACCCCAGCCAAAGUGCAGAGAGUGAUCUCAUCAGAGACCGAUUCUCUAGAAACACCCACUUCAGUGCAGGAUUUCCACCAACACAUUCUGACCAGCACACCUACCUCCCCGGCCCCUGCUCCGGCCCCGGCCCUGACCACAACCCAAGACUGCACCACCACAUCAGUGACUCAAGAGGACAUCCAGGUACACAGCAGCAGUGGAGAGGAGCAGGAUCUGGAGCUUCUGGCAGCUGGGCUCAUAACUGAGGUCAUCUCGGCUGCCACCCAGGAAGUCCUCGGUGUCACCAGCUGCCAGGUCACAGACAAAAGCCACCCUGGCUGCAGCAGCAGUAGCAGCAGCACACCACUGACUAGCGACAGGCUCUGCUACCAACAGGAGCUAAUUACAGCAACACAGCAGCACCACCACCUUCUGACAAGUGUGCCUCAGAUAGGCCAUGACUCUGCAGAGGCAACACAGAAGGAAGAGCAAGGGGUUCCUAAUGGAUGCACCUCGGCCUCAGUAUGGGAGCCUGUUGAGGUCAGUCACAAGGUUCAUCAGACAAAUGAUGUACAGAGAGGCCACUGGCCAACACCAUCACACCAAGCAGCACAAAGUGCCCCUCUGCUAAACAUGAAACUGAAAGGAGAUGAAGCAUCUACGCUAGCUGAGGACUCAGCCUGCAGCACUUGCCACUCUGAGGAUGGCAUCAGCAGCGAGGACCUCCAGAACAGCACGUUUGAUAACCAGAUGGAUGUGAUCCAGGUUACAGACUUGUCAGUAACAGAGGCAACACAGCCUCAGUCACUGGCUGAAUCAGCCACAGAGGCAACAGUUUUGGCCUUAACUGAAGAAAGUGAAGUCGAUGUAAAAAGGCUUGAUGGGAUGGUCCUGAGGAAUGGAGCUCAUGGCACAUGUGAGGUGGAGACAGACCAGUCUGGAGGUUCUGAUGUGAACAGUAUGGACUCGGUGGACAGCGGCUGCACUAUGGGUGCAGGAGAAAUCCAGAGUAACCACACUGCCUCCUCCAGUUCGGAGCUCAUCAUCUGGGAGAUUGAGGUGCCAAAGCAUCUUGUAGGGCGGUUAAUCGGGAAGCAGGGGAGAUACGUGAGUUUCCUGAAGCAGAACUCUGGUUCAAAGAUCUACAUCUCCACCCUGCCUUACACACAGGAGUUCCAGAUCUGUCACAUAGAGGGUACGCAGCAGCAGGUUGACAAAGCCCUGUCACUGAUCGGGAAGAAAUUUAAAGAUCUGGACUUGACCAACCUAUAUGCGCCUCCACCGCCCCCACUCACAUUGCCAUCACUUCCCAUGACUUCCUGGCUUCUUCUGCCCAGUGGUGUGACAGUUGAAGUGAUUGUGGUGAACAUCGUGUCAGCCGGUCACGUCUUUGUCCAGCAGCACACCCACCCCACCUACCACGCCCUACGAAGCCUGGACCAGCAGAUGUUCCUGUGCUACUCCCAGCCGGGCACCCCUGCAUUGCCCUCACCUGCUGAAGUUGGUGUAAUCUGUGCGGCUCCAGCGGUGGAAGGAGCGUGGUGGAGAGCUCAGGUCAUCACCUUCUAUAAAGAAACAAAUGAAGCAGAGAUUAGAUAUGUUGACUAUGGCGGCUAUGACAGAGUCAAGAUCGACUCACUACGGCAAAUAAGGUCUGAUUUUGUAACGUUACCGUUUCAAGGGGCUGAAGUAUUACUAGACAACAUCGCCCCUCUUCCAGGGGAGGAUCGUUUUUCACCAGAGGCCACAUCAGCGAUGGAGGAGAUGACCAGAGGAGUGGCUCUGCUUGCACAGGUCUCAAAUUAUGACAACAACACAGGCCUGCCAUUGGUCCACCUGUGGAACAUGGUGGGAGAAGAGGUGGUUUCAGUGAACCGCUCGCUAGCAGAGAGGGGCCUUGCUGUUUGGGUGGAUGGAUUCUGAACUCCUAACAUGCUUUGACAUCCACCCCCCCACCCCCACCCUGUUCUCCUGUGUUCAGCAGUCUCGGACCCAGGAGACCCCAAAAUUCCCA